AUGGCAAGAGGCAGUGUUCUCGUUUACAAAGGACUGGGAGCUAGUGAGACUGGUUACAGUCACCUCAUGACUGCCUUGCGAUCCUGUGUCGACCUGAAUAAACAGGACAUUGACUUUGUGACUCCUGAGGAGAUUGUAAAAGGUACAAAACUGGACAAGGCAUCACUGGUAGCUUUUGGUGCUGGGUACACAAGUGGUUUUGCCUCAGCCUUAGGGGAGGAAGGGAUGAGGAAUGUACGAAAUCAUAUCCUCAGAGGUCACGCUUACCUAGGUCUUGGUGCCGGUGGCUACUUUGGUUGUGAUUAUGUCGAAUUUGACAAGGGUGGACCUCAUGAGAAACUUGUGGAGAGAGAUUUGCGAUUUUAUCCAGGUGUAUGUUCUGGACCUGUGUAUCCAGGUUUUCAGUAUGGCACACACAAAGGUCUGCAUGCAGCUUCAGUGGAUUUCUCAAGUGAAUAUUUCUCAGGGACAUUUCAUGCUAUGAUAGAUGGAGGAGGGAAGUUUUGUUCCAGUGAUCCUCCAAAGCCUGGCUCUCUCGCUCGGGAUGUUGUUGAUGUGGCAACAUUUUCAGACCUUCCUGAGUCACCUCCUGCCAUUGUGAAAACCACUUUAAAAGACAACGGACUGGUUGUUCUGUCUAAUGUACAUCUAGAAUAUGACAUGAUAUCAUUAUUAGAUUUGAAUCCAGAACUUGAACAUCUACGUGAAAAGUUUGUUCAAAGCAGAUUAAGUCAACUUUCAGCUUUUAGAUCUUUAUUGCAGAUGUUAAAUGUUGCAGUUAUCUAG